GAACAAUACCUAGCAAUCCUACCUUGCUGUUUAUUGGAUUUACGUAACGGUUUCAUCAUCCGAAUUAUUCCAUUGUUCAGGUACCUAGAUUUCCAAAAUGUCUAAUCCAAAGUCUGCUUUUAUAAUAACCUCCUCUCCUAACAAACCAACUCAAAAAAAACGAAAAGGAAACGAAAAUGACGCCGAUCAGACAGAACAAAAAUCAUCAACUCCAAAAUCUUCCUCUCCAUUAGCUCUUCGUAAACUUUCUUACUCUGACUCUACAUCAACCAUCUCCAAUGAAGAUGAACUCUUCUCACCCCGAAGAUUCUCUCUGAGUGACUCUGACACAGAUAUUACUCUUGGUGUAAAUUAUGAUGAAAAAGUCAUGCAAAAGGAAGAAGACUAUGAAGAAGAUAUUUAUGAUUUUUCAUACUCUCAAUUAUUAGAUAUUGAGUAUGAAGAUGAUGAUGAAUUCAAUCCAUUUGACUUUAUUGCCCACCUUCCACCAAAACCUAAGAUCUCCCCUCAUCAAUAUUGUCUUCCACCUAAAGAAUUAUCACAACCAGAUAUAACCCUAGUUUUGGAUCUUGAUGAAACUCUUGUCCAUUGUAGCACUGAACCAAUUCCUGAUCCUGACUUUACCUUUACUGUACUCUUCCAUGGAGUUGAAUAUACAGUUUACGUGCGGAAGAGACCUUACUUUGUUGAGUUUUUGGAAGCUGUAUCAAAAAUCUUCGAAGUUGUUGUUUUCACUGCAUCACAAAGUGUGUAUGCUGAUAAAUUGCUUUCAAUCCUUGAUCCUGAAAGAAAGUACAUCAAGUACAGAGUUUUUAGAAAUUCUUGUAUUGAUGUUGAGAGAAACUAUUUGAAGGAUUUAGAAGUACUUGGACGUGAUCUUUCCAAGACUUGCAUUGUUGAUAACUCACCACAAGCAUACGGUUAUCAAAUCGAUAACGGAAUACCAAUUUUGAGUUGGUUUGAUGAUAAGGAAGAUCGUGAAUUGAUGAAACUCAUUCCAUUUUUGAAACAAUUAUACAAACACUCUGAUGUGAGGACAAUAAUUCGUAAAAAGUUCCAUCUCAGAGAAAUUCUCGAUAAUUAUAAGAAGCACUAAUGCUUUUUAUAUGUAAAUGAAAAUCUACACCAUGAUUGUGUUUAAAUAAAAUUAAAUUUAAUAUUA